CUCGGAUCCAAAUCUGCAUCUAUACAGCUCACUCUACUCUUCGAAUCGCAAUAGGCAUCCGAGCUUCCAGAAGCUCUAUCAUAGAUUCACAUGGCUCUCCGAAGGUAUACGACAUCCAUUGACGGAACUAUCCCGGCGCCUGCGCUCGUGUACAGCGAUGAGGAGGUGCUGGCGUCGCAGGACAAUGUCGGGAUCUAUGACGGCCUGCAGAAAGCGCCUGACCACCAGAACGGCACGAUCCACGUAACAUCUCACCGCCUCUUCUUCGUCCACGCUUCCAGACCCCAUGCACUCUCCUUCGCGAUGGACCUCGCGCACAUCGUCCGAACAGAAUCCUACUCAGGCCUCUUCUCGUCCUCGCCCAAGGUCACGCUCAUCCUCGACCCCGAUACAGCCUACGACGAUAUCACGUCGAUAUCCGCAUCAACAUCUACUCUAGACAUCGCAGGCAAUGUCGGGGUAUCUGAUCAGGUAAACUUCGCGUCCUGGACGUGCGAAGUAUGCAAUCAUCGUAACCCGCCCGGGCUCAGCCCGACAGCCGCAAAAGUAUGCGCGCUGUGCGGCGUCCCGCGGAGCGCUGUCCCAUCUUCCAGUUCGAUAUCGAGUUCCCUGCCAUCUUCGAGCUCUCUGCCCACCUCUGUUCUCUCGACGCGAACUGCCACGCCCGAUAUACCCGUGAAGGGAACCACGAGCGAGAUCACGUGUCCGGCGUGCACGUUUCUCAAUGUACCCUCGCGGACGAUGUGCGAGAUAUGCGGUACACCUCUGCCAAUAUCUACGGCCGGUGCGAGUGCGAAGAGUGCACCGGUCUCAAGGCCCGUCACGCCGUCUGGAGGUGGCCCGAACGCGAACGAAUCAUUGAUCAAAAUCAGCUUUAGGAAGGGAGGGGAUAAAGCGUUUUAUGCGAUUUUGAGGCGGUCGUUGAAGGCGCAGGCUUGGGAAGGAAGGCGAAUAGGAGCUGGUACGCCUAAGGGCGGACCAGGUUCCGGUCAGGGCACAACAAUGGCAGGUGGUACGGCUGACACGGGGGCACCGCGACGCUUGGGAAUCGGGAUAGACGCUAUCCUACGAAACGUAGAAACAUCCGCUCAAAAUACCGAGGACGACCUGAACGACGCAUUCAAGGACCUCGAUGCCCUCAUGAUCAAGGCAAAAGAUCUCGUACAGCUCGCAGAGGAGCUCAACGAGAAGCUCACGACGUCAUCAAGCACCACUACGGAGAAGUUUAGGACGGACACCGUUCCUUCAUUUGUUUCUUCUGCAGCUUCGUCUACUGUGUCUGCAGGAUCGAGUAGAUAUGAGCAGUUCACGGCGACGACGCUCGUACCAUCUACUGAGCCCGAAGAGGCUACAUUCAUCCGCUCUUCUCUGUCACAACUUGGGCUGCAGAUGGCCAAUGCUCCUAUUACGGCAGACAUGAUCAAAGACGAGCGGAGAUGGGUGGAGGAGCUCGCCCGGGAGCUCGCACAGGUUUUGCAGGGCUCCCCAAACGAUUUUGGGAGAUCCCGCCCUGGAAAAGCGGGACCAGGGUCAGGGGUGGGUAUUAUGAAGCGACGGGGUAUUGUCGCGCUCGACGAGGUCUGGGGAGGAUGGAAUCGCGCGAGGGGCGUGUCUCUCAUCCCGCCGUCCACAUUCCUGCAAGCCCUCCCGCACCUCGUGACGUACACCUCACCGCCCAUCCAGACGCGUACGUUCAAGUCCGGCCUGAUGGCGCUUCACACGCCGCCGUACACGCACACCGCGUUCGCCGCGCGCCUUGCGGGCUACCUUACUAUCUUCGACGGAAUGAACACGCCGCAAGUCGCGGAGGAAGAAGGCGUCGCCGUGGGCCUCGCGGCGGAAAUGGUCGACGCCGUCGAGCAGGAUGGCACGAUAUGCAGGGACGAUCUUGCAUGUGCGAUCGUGGGUGGCGGGGCGGGUGGCGCGGGCGGGGCAGGCGUGGAUGUGCGGUGGGUGAUGAAUGAGUGGGAGGGCUAUCAGUGGGAUGGGCAGGAGUAGCGGUGCGUUCUGUGCAGUUUCCACUGUUUUUUUUGUGUUUGCUCUUCAUAGAAGGGGAUGGACGAUGCAUUUUCCUCUUUCAAAUUUUCAUUUCUUCUAUUACCUCUUCAACAACGUAUAUGCUGCUGUGUGUCUAUAUCGCUCCAUUUUAUACCAGUGUUUC